AUGGCUUUUAAACAUAUUCAACUUUUUUUCAUAGUUUCAUCAUUCUGUUUAUCAAUCACUCUUUCUCGUCCUCUUGAUGAUGAACUCAUCAUGCAAAAGAGGCACGACGAGUGGAUGGCUAAACAUGGCCGUGUUUACGCGGAUGUGAAAGAGAAAAACAAUCGCUACGUUGUGUUCAAACAAAACGUCGAACGCAUUGAACGCUUAAAUAACGUUCCCGCGGGAAGAACGUUUAAACUUGGAGUUAAUCAGUUUGCUGAUCUAACAAACGACGAAUUUCGUUCUAUGUACACUGGUUACAAAGGAGACUUCGCCGUGUCUAGCCAAAGCCGAACUAAAACGAUGUCGUAUAGGUACGAAAACGUUUCUUCUGGCGCUUUGCCUGUUUCUGUUGAUUGGAGGAAGAAAGGAGCUGUGACACCUAUCAAGAAUCAAGGCAGUUGCGGAUGUUGUUGGGCGUUUUCAGCGGUUGCGGCUAUAGAAGGAGCAACACAAAUAAAGAAAGGGAAACUUAUCUCUUUGUCUGAACAACAGCUUGUCGAUUGCGAUACUAACGAUUUCGGCUGCGGCGGCGGUUUGAUGGAUACCGCAUUUGAGCAUAUAAUCGCGACUGGCGGUUUAACUACUGAAUCAAAUUACCCUUACAAAGGCCAAGACGGUACAUGCAACUCCAAGAAGACCAACCCAAAAGCAACUUCUAUCUCAGGUUAUGAGGAUGUACCGGUUAAUGACGAGCAAGCACUAAUGAAGGCAGUGGCACACCAACCGGUUAGCGUUGGAAUUGAAGGAGGUGGUUUUGAUUUCCAAUUCUAUUCGACCGGUGUGUUCACAGGAGAGUGUACGACGUAUCUCGAUCACGGGGUCACUGCGGUUGGAUAUGGCGAAUCUAUGAACGGAUCAAAGUAUUGGAUCAUCAAGAAUUCAUGGGGAACAAAAUGGGGAGAAAGUGGUUACAUGAGGAUACAAAAGGAUGUGAAAGAUAAACAAGGAUUAUGUGGUCUUGCCAUGAAAGCUUCUUACCCAACUAUAUGA